AUGUCGCAAAAUAAUAACUUGAACAACUUGAAUCUUCCCUUCAAUCUUGACAUUAACACUUUAGCAAGUUUGGCGAGCCUUUUGCAGCAGCCCGUUGACGAACAAAAAUGUCCAGAGGUUCGCUUUGCAGAAAUAAUGAACAUUCAAGAUUACAUCAAUAAAUCUUGUCGUGGGAACAUACUGCCAUUCAACGAAGAGGCAAAACGUAUGUUGGGUUUAGAUAAUAAAAAACUUGAGUGGUCUUCACUUACCAAUUUAGAGGAUGUAGAUAACCUUGUAAAAAUAUUGAACGAUCACACUACUAGCAACAAUGUAAUUAGUAAUACCUCGGAAGAGCCACAGAAUUACGUAGUAGGAACAGUAAUUCAGAUGGUCAUAAGAUUACUGGCAUAUUCAGUGCAGUAUCGGAAGUGUCUCUCUACUGUACCUACUGAGCGCCUCACUUCGGCUCUUUCUGCCUUUUCGGAUUAUAGGAGUGCUUUGUUAGAUCUCUCAAACCCCUUUACAACAGUAAAGUGGAACGUCCUCAUUUCCGAAUUUUUAAACAAAGCCCAAAACUUGUUAAAGCUACCGAUUAAUCCAUACAGCGAUCCCUCAGGAGAUAUUGAAAAAAUGGUUUCCGGAAUUUCUCCGUUUGCAAUUACGUUUGGCAGAAUAGUUCCUUUAGACACAAAUGUUAGUUUCCUCGAAAAUCUUUACCGCCAGGCCGUUGGAUUGGAUACAAAAGAUUUUGACAAAUCUCCUCAUAUUGCUUCAUAUAUGCGGAGGUUCGGAUUCAAGGAAUAUGUAACCCAUAAAAUCCCUAUGAAACGAGUAAUCAACGGCGCAUCCACCUGCUGUGUGGAUCCUCUUACCAAGACAUAUUAUUAUACCACCUUAAUUCUUGAUCCAUUUCGCCUAAGUGUACUAAAGAACCUCCUUAUAUACGAGAUUGUCUCUGGAAAGGCCGCUUAUAUCCACAGCGCAUUAUACUUUAUAAUGAGUAUGUGUACAUGCGAAGAAGAUUUCCAGUUAAUGGUUGAAUAUGGUGUCAUCAAGUGGGAUUUCCCGGCGGAAGGAUAUAAAUGUUUUUGCGAAAAAAUGAAGGAAUUAUUAGACAUUAUGUAUUGUUGGAAACUCUCAAACACUUAUACAUGGCACUUGGACAUGAUUCAGAUCGUAAAGUGGAAAGUUAAAACAAAUGACACUACUAAUUUUACUGAUUUUGCGGUAUCGUGUUACGCCGCCGGAGGCUUAUUGAAAAAAGAAGUGUCCGCCACUUUAUACAGUAGCCUUAUUUAA